UUUACAAUAUGUCUCUCUCCACUCACACCAUUAAAGCUAAUAAAGCUAACCCAAAAACCCGCAAACAAACAAAAUUUCCCAACAAAAAAGAAAGAAAAAAGAAGCUGAAUUCUCUCAACUACUAUAUCACAUCACAUUCUUUUCUUCCUGAUAGAGAAACCAAAAGCUAAAGCUAAAGCUAAACCUCACUUUCCAUCCAAAGUAUCUUCAGAAUACAAACAGACUAAGUAAUUACUUAUAUACACAGAAUUAUGUCUUUAUUUCCUAGAACUCUUGUGAAACAACCUGCAUUAUGGCGAGUACUAGUGGAACGAAGCCCCAAGGGGGCUCACUGCCUAGAACAGCGUCUAGGCGGAUUUCUAAGGCCCCCACAAUGGUAGACCCUGCCGCCGGUGAAGAUCAGAAUUCAUUAGACAGUGAACUUGUGCCAUCAACGUUAGCAGAGAUUGCUCCUAUUCUUCGUGUUGCUAAUGAAAUUGAAAAAGAAAAUCCUAGAGUUGCUUAUCUCUGUCGCUUCCAUGCUUUCGAAAAGGCUCAUAGGACGGAUCCAAAAUCAGAGGGGCGUGGCGUUCGUCAAUUCAAGACAUACCUGUUACAUAGACUUGAAAUGGAAGAAGUAGAAACUGAACCUCAACUUGCAAGCAGUGAUCCUAAAGAAAUUCAGAGAUUUUACCGGAACUUCUAUGAGAAAAAUAUCAGAGAUGGCCAUCAAACAAAGAAACCAGAGGAGAUGGCUAAGAUCUAUCAAAUUGCAACUGUAUUAUAUGAUGUGCUGAAGACCGUGGUACCCUCUGCAAGAGUGGAUGUUGAGACACACGAAUAUGCCAAAGAUGUCGAGGAGAAAAGAAAAUACUAUGAGCACUACAACAUUCUUCCUAUUUAUGCUGCUGGGGUCAAACCGGCGAUAAUGGAACUUCCUGAGAUUAAGGCUGCUCUUCGAGCUAUAAGAAAUAUGGAUAAUCUUCCCAGAAUGCCUGAUGACAAGGAUAAGUCAGUCAAUGAUAUACUUGAAUGGCUUGCUUCAGCCUUUGGCUUCCAGAAAGCAAAUGUGGCAAAUCAGAGGGAGCACUUAAUAUUGCUGCUUGCAAACAUGGAUAUAAGAAACAAGAGUGUGGAGGAUGAUGCAAAUUAUAAUGAGUUGGACAGUUAUACAGUUCAGCAGCUGAAGGAUAAGAUAGUCAAGAACUAUGAAUCAUGGUGCAAAUAUUUGCACUGUCCAUCAAACCUCAGGUUUCCGCUGGGUUGUGACAAGCAACAGUUGGAGCUUCUAUACAUUGGCCUUUAUCUUCUUAUAUGGGGUGAAGCCUCAAACAUACGAUUUAUGCCAGAAUGCCUUUGCUAUAUCUUUCAUAAUAUGGCACAUGGGAUGUAUGGAAUACUAUUUGCCAAUGUACGUCCUGUCAGUGGUGGUGCAUAUCAACCGGUGACCCAUGGUGAGGAGUCUUUCCUGCAGGAUGUUGUGACCCCUAUUUAUGAAGUCAUUCGUAAGGAAGCUAGGAGAAACCAGAAUGGGUCAGCAAGCCAUUCAGCAUGGAGAAAUUAUGAUGAUCUGAAUGAAUACUUUUGGUCCGAUAAAUGUUUUAAGCUGGGUUGGCCAAUGGACAAAAAAGCUGAUUUCUUUGUGCACACAGAAAAAGUAAAUAAAGCAAAUGUGGUACAUAAUAAUGUUACUACUGGAGGGAGGAAGCCCAAGUCAAAUUUUGUUGAAAUUCGAACUUUUUGGCACCUUUAUAGGAGUUUUGACCGCAUGUGGAUAUUUUUUAUAUUGGCACUUCAGGCAAUGGUUAUCAUUGCGUGGAAUCAGUCAGGAUCUUUGUCUCUGAUUUUUGAUGCGGAUGUGUUCAAAAGCGUCUUGAGCAUUUUCAUAACUGCUGCUAUUCUUAACGCGUUGAGAGCUACUUUGGACAUACUCCUUAGUUUGAGAGCUUGGAGGAGCUUAAAAUUCACCCAGAUUCUUCGCUACCUUCUGAAAUUUGCAUUUGCAGCAUUCUGGGUUGUCGUCAUGCCUGUUGCUUAUUCAGAAUCUAUUCAAGAUCCAUCGGGAGUUUUGAAAUUCUUCAGUAAUUUGGGAGGGAAUAUUGAAAAUGAGUCACUGUAUUACUACUGUGUUGCUAUUUAUUUGAUACCAGAGAUAUUGGCUGCCUUUCUAUUUUUCUUCCCUUUCUUGCGGAAAUCCAUGGAGCGCUCAAACUGGCGAAUCAUCACCCUCCUUAUGUGGUGGUCUCAGCCUAAGCUUUAUGUUGGAAGAGGCAUGCACGAAGACAUGUUCUCCCUUUUAAAGUACACUCUCUUCUGGAUCAUGCUCAUCAUAAGCAAGCUCUCAUUCAGCUACUAUGUUGAGAUAUUGCCACUAGUGCAGCCUACCAAGACAAUUAUGGAUAUAAGAAUCACAAGUUGGGACUGGCAUGAGUUCUUUCCACAUAUGCCACAUAACAUUGGAGUAGUGAUUGUCAUAUGGGCGCCAGUUGUUCUGGUCUAUUUCAUGGACACACAAAUUUGGUAUGCUAUAUUCUCUACAAUUGUCGGUGGGAUCUAUGGUGCAUUCAGCCACCUUGGCGAGAUAAGGACGCUAGGGAUGCUACGAUCACGAUUUGAAUCAAUUCCUUCAGCUUUUAGUGAACGUCUUGUGCCAUCUUCAAAAGUAGAAAAAAGACAUGGAUAUGAGGAUGAUUCUUUGGAGAGGAAGAACAUUGCGAAGUUCUCUCAGAUGUGGAAUGAGUUCAUACUUUCCUUGCGGAUGGAGGAUCUGAUCAACCAUGAUGAAAGAGAUCUGCUUCUUGUACCGUAUUCAUCAAGUGAUGUCUCUGUUAUUCAGUGGCCUCCUUUCUUGCUCGCCAGUAAGAUUCCAAUAGCACUGGAUAUGGCAAAAGAUUUCAGGGGAAAAGAAGAUGCUGACCUGUUCCGGAAGAUUAAAAAUGAUGAUUUUAUGCGCUCUGCAGUGAUCGAAUGCUAUGAGACACUUAGAUAUUUGCUGGUUGGCAUUCUGGAAGACAAAGAUGACAAGAUGGUUGUGGAGCAGAUACGCAAAGAAGUAGAUGAGAGCAUAAAAGAAAAACGGUUCUUAAGGAAAUUUCGGAUGAGUGGGUUGCCCUUACUGAAUGAUAAAUUGGAGAGAUUCUUGAAUCUUCUGGUGACAGAUUAUGAAGUUGAAGAUCAUAAACGAUCACCUAUGAUUAACCUUAUCCAAGAUAUCAUGGAAAUUAUCAUUCAAGAUGUUAUGGUUGAUGGUCAUGAAAUUCUGGAGAGAGCUCACCAGAUUGACAGAAAGGAGCAGAGAUUUGAAAAGAUAGAUAUCUAUCUUACAAAUAACGAAUCUUGGAGGGAAAAGGUUAUCAGGCUUAAUUUAUUAUUGACUGUGAAAGAGUCUGCAAUUAAUGUGCCUACAAAUUUGGAUGCUCGCCGUCGAAUUACUUUUUUCGCAAACUCCCUGUUUAUGAAAAUGCCAGAUGCUCCAAGAGUUCGUAAUAUGCUUUCUUUCAGUGUCUUGACUCCUUACUAUAAUGAAGAUGUUCUCUAUUCUGAUGAGGAACUUAACAAGGAAAAUGAGGAUGGUAUUACCACUCUGUUUUACCUUCAGAAGAUAUAUCCAGAUCAGUGGAAAAAUUUUGAGGACCGCAUCAAAGAUCCUAAGCUUAGAUACCAAGAUAAAAACAAGAAUGAAUUAAUCCGUUACUGGGUAUCGUACAGAGGACAAACACUUGCAAGGACAGUGAGAGGAAUGAUGUACUACAGGGAGGCUCUUGAGCUUCAGUACUUUCUGGAUUUUGCAGGGGACAAAGCAAUAUUUGGAGGUUAUCGGAUCAUUGAUAUGAAUAAAACAGAUUACAGAGCUUUGAAGGAGCAUGCACAGGCGUUGGCAGAUCUGAAGUUCACAUAUGUUGUGUCCUGUCAGAUCUAUGGUAAUCAGAAGAAGUCCACUGAACAGCGAGACCGUAGUUGUUAUAUCAAUAUUCUGAAUCUCAUGUUGACGUAUCCAUCUUUACGUGUUGCUUACAUAGAUGAGCGGGAUGAAACUGUUAAUGGGAAGUCCGAGAAGGUUUACUACUCUGUACUGGUGAAGGGAGGUGAUACAUUGGAUGAGGAAAUAUACCGUAUCAAGCUUCCUGGCCCUCCUAUAAUUGGGGAAGGGAAACCUGAAAAUCAAAAUCAUGCCAUCAUUUUUACUCGUGGAGAAGCAUUACAAACCAUAGAUAUGAAUCAAGAUAAUUAUUUUGAAGAAGCUUUCAAGAUGAGGAACGUAUUGGAGGAAUUCUUGAAACCUCAUAGGCAGCGAAAACCGACAAUACUAGGUUUAAGGGAGCAUAUUUUCACUGGAAGUGUCUCUUCGCUUGCUUGGUUCAUGUCCAAUCAGGAGACCAGUUUUGUAACCAUCGGACAAAGAAUUUUGGCAAACCCCUUAAGGGUAAGAUUUCAUUAUGGUCAUCCUGAUAUUUUCGACAGAAUCUUUCAUGUAACAAGGGGUGGUGUUAGCAAAGCUUCUAAAACAGUUAACCUGAGUGAAGACAUUUUUUCAGGUUAUAAUUCAACUUUACGAGGAGGAUUUGUAACACAUCAUGAAUACAUCCAAGUAGGGAAGGGUCGUGAUGUGGGGAUGAAUCAGAUCUCUCAAUUUGAGGCAAAGGUGGCAAACGGAAAUGGAGAACAAACACUGAGCCGUGAUGUCUAUAGGCUUGGGCGUCGGUUUGACUUCUACAGGAUGCUGUCGUUCUACUUCACCACAGUUGGUUUCUACUUCAGCAGCAUGAUGACGGUGCUUACUGUCUAUGUGUUUCUGUAUGGACGGUUAUAUAUGGUCUUGAGUGGGUUGGAAAGGCGAAUUCUGGAGGAUCCUACAGUUCGUCAGUCCAAAGCUCUUGAAGAGGCUAUGGCUACCUCAUCUGUAUUUCAGCUGGGGUUGUUGCUUGUACUCCCUAUGGUAAUGGAAAUUGGGCUGGAGAGAGGAUUUCGCACGGCCCUGGGUGAUUUUAUAAUAAUGCAGCUGCAACUUGCUUCUGUAUUUUUUACAUUCCAACUCGGAACAAAAGCACAUUAUUACGGUAGAACGAUCUUGCAUGGAGGUUCUAAAUAUCGAGCUACUGGUCGUGGCUUUGUUGUUUAUCAUGCAAAGUAUGCAGAUAACUAUAGGAUGUAUUCUCGCACUCACUUUGUCAAGGGGCUUGAGCUGUUUAUGCUGUUAAUUGUCUAUGAAGUCUAUGGGGAAUCAUAUCGCGAAUCAAAGUUGUACUGGUUUGUUACUAUUUCAAUGUGGUUCUUGGUAGGUUCCUGGUUGUUUGCUCCUUUUGUGUUCAAUCCAUCUGGUUUCGAUUGGCAAAAGACAGUGGAUGAUUGGACAGAUUGGAAGAGGUGGAUGGGUAAUCGUGGAGGCAUUGGGAUUUCGCCGGAUAAAAGUUGGGAAUCUUGGUGGAAUGGGGAGCAGGAACAUCUAACACACACAAAUAUAAGGGGUAGAGUGAUUGACAUAAUCCUUUCCUUUCGAUUUUUCAUUUACCAAUAUGGAAUUGUCUAUCACCUUGAUAUAGCUCAUGGCAGCAGAAGUUUACUGGUUUAUGGACUUUCUUGGUUCGUUAUGCUAACUGCUCUUAUGGUCUUAAAGAUGGUAUCAAUGGGCAGACGAAGAUUUGGGACUGAUUUUCAGCUCAUGUUCAGAAUUCUGAAAGCACUUCUAUUCCUUGGAUUCGUAUCUGUCAUGACCGUGUUAUUUGUUGUUUGUGGCCUCACCAUAACUGAUCUAUUUGCUGCCAUUCUUGCCUUUGUACCAACAGGCUGGGGCAUUCUUCUUAUUGGUCAAGCAUGCAGGCCCUGUUUUAAGGGGCUUGGAAUUUGGGAUUCAGUGAUGGAGUUGGCACGAGCAUACGAAUGCAUCAUGGGACUGUUCAUAUUCACGCCAAUUGUGGUCUUGUCAUGGUUCCCAUUUGUAUCAGAGUUCCAAACGCGACUGCUCUUCAACCAGGCUUUCAGUAGAGGUCUCCAGAUUGCAAUGAUCCUUGCAGGGAAGAAAGAUGAAUCAUCAAAAUCUUGAAGUUUAUUAUGUUUAGCACAGUUGACAGUAAUUUUUUAAA